AAUGAAAACAGGAGCUUUCCUUAUACCCUAUUUACUUGCACUGGCUGUUGGCGGAUUCCCAAUUCUUUUCAUGGAAAUGGCUUUUGGACAAUUUGCAUCACUCGAAUCGCAAAAAUACUCAAUGCGCAAUGUUACUAAUAAAAGUCUGUUUAAAACACCAACAGAAGAAUAUUUUGAGCGUCAUUUAUUGAACAUUAGUGGUGGAAUAGGGGAUGUCGGAGAUGUUAAAUGGACCCUUAUUGUCUGCCUGGCUGUUUCCUGGUUUGUUUGUUUUGCUUGUUUGUUCAAGGGAAUUAAAUCAAUGGGAAAAGCAGCUAUAUUUACAACAGCCUUCUCAUAUAUUAUUCUAACCGUUUUGCUUAUUCGUGGUCUAACCUUACCCGGUGCUUAUCAGGGAUUAAUAUAUUAUUUAAAACCUGAUUUUACGAAAUUGAAACAACCACAAGUUUGGGGUGAAGCUGCUUCUCAGGCUUUUGCAUCAUUGUCUCUUGGUGCCGGUGGAUGGAUUACGCUUUCGUCAUACAACAAAUUUUCUAAUCGUUGCAACCGGGAUGCUAUUCUUGUUGGUAUAGGGAACGCUUUAACGUCGAUUUAUGCUGGCUUAGUAAUAUUUUCCGUAUUGGGCUAUAUGGCACACGUUAAAGGUAUUGAUGAAAUUGAUAAAGUAACGAAGGAGGGCCCAGGUUUGGCAUUCGUCGUCUAUCCGGAAGGCUUAUCUUUAAUACCCGGAGCACCUUUUUGGAGUAUUUGCUUUUUCUUUAUGAUGUUUACUGUUGGCUUAGACAGUCUUUUUGGUCAAGUGGAAACAAUUGCUGCCGGCAUAAUAGAUGAAUAUCCUGAUUUCUUACGUCCAAGAAGAAAAUUAUUUACGCUUUUCCUCUGGUACAAGAAAUUCUCAAAAGAUAUAGAAAUUAUGAUUGGACAUAAACCAGGUGUAUUUUAUCUCGUCUGUUGGAGAUUCGCAACACCUCUUUUGAUUCUAAUUGUGAUAGUAUUUUUGGGAGCUAAUUAUCGUCCUCCAAAGUAUGGAAAUUAUGAUUUACCUGUGUGGGCUCAAAAUUUUGGUUUGUUAUUGGGCUUGUUUCCGAUUUCCCUUAUACCCAUUGUAAUGGUUUAUCAGGUCAUUAAAACUACAGGAUUUACUUGUCCCUUCUGGAAGUUAUGUACGGAUAAAGAAUUGAACGAUAAAAUUGAGAAAACACUUGUUCGUCCACAUUGCGAUUGGGGACCUGCACUACCGGAAAUUCGUCGAAAAUUUUCUUAUGGCCCACGCACGGAUGAAUUAGAAACAGAUAUGGAUGAGAUCUACAGCGAAGAAAACAGAAAAGUACAGAUUGAUCCCGAACCACAUGAAAUCCCAGAAGGGACCGUUGCCACAUAA